CGUGAACUGAGCCGUGAGCGUGCGCUCAACGGAAAUUCAGAUUUUAUUAUUGGCGCUUCGAACCCGCCCCUCUAUUAGGCUGUCCAAUAAUCCACGCUUUUACUAGCCAACGGAUCACUCCGAGUGAACGAGCUCUCUAGCUAGUGCAUUGACAACAAAAGAGUGUCAAAGUUUGCAAGUCUACCACAGCUAGCUUUAUAAUAUUGUAUCAUAUUGAUGCAGACUCCCUAAAUAUGGUCGAUUGUCCAAGCGCUGAACGAGUCUGGUGAAUGCGGGGAAUGAUGAGAUUGAGGAGGAUUGGGCUGGACAGUUGGAAUUAAUGGCCAUUGUAGGUGCAUGAAAUAUGAUCCAGAUUGCAGCACUAAAUGCAGCGUCUGCGGUUGCUGACGAAUGUGAAGACCUGAAAACUAAAAAGAGUUGAACUAAAGAGGUUCAGGAAGCAGAGGCAUUUGCUUUGUAUCAUAAAGCUUUAGAUCUUCAAAAGCAUGACAAGUUUGAGGAGUCUGCCAAGUCCUAUCAUGUACUCCUCAAAACCCCAUUGCUCAAAGAGGAAAUGCAUUCGGACGACCAAAGGGUGGGUUUUAAGCAUCCAGGGCUGAUGCUGAAAUACUCCACCUUCAAAGAUCUGGCUAGUUUGGCUGUGCUGCGGGAUGACUUGGGGACAGCCAUGGACUUUUAUUUGGAGUUUCAGGGUAGACAGUUGCUGUGGAAGAAUGUGGGAGAGAUCCUCCUUGCCAUGUGCAGACAUCAGACCAACUGCGAGCCGCCACGCCCAAGCCUGGGCCACAGGAUCAACCUGUCCCAGUACCGCGACCCCAACUGCCUCCAGGCCUUACCUCCUGAGCCCUGCCCUCCUGUCAGUGAGAUCCAGACCAUCCCCAGAAGCAGACCCAGCUCCUCCCUGCCUCCACUCCCUGUCCCUGAGCCAUCAGCACUGUCCCAGCCCAGCCCUGUGGUUCAGAUCACACAGAACCAGACUAAGUUUGACCUUGAGGAUGAUGACGUGAGCCUGAGUAACCUGGAGGCCCAGUGUGAAAUCAAGCAGGACUUCCAGCUGCUCCAUGGCACAAGCGGCAUGCCUUUAGACUCUAUUGAAUACAUGGAUUCAGAACAACAGGAUGUCCACAACUUCCUGCUCAAUAAUAUGAGCAACGGUGGGAUAUUAGAGUUGAUGAUGCGCUAUCUGAAAGUGGUGGGUCAGAGGUUCAUGGAGGAGUGGCCUCGUGGGCUGACUGCAGUGGUGCUGGAGGUGUAUCAUAGUUGGAGGAAGCACAGCAGUGGCCUGCCCAACUCUCUACUCUGCAACUGCAGUAAUCAACACAUACGGGAAAUGUUGCUGAUGAGCCGAUCAUGUAUGGAGCUUCAGUUGGAGCAAUGGUCUCACAGCAAAGGCAAGAACGGGUCCCCAAGAAAGUGCAGUGGGGGCCAGAGCAGUGUUGUGUGUGAUGCAGAGUUCUCAGGGCAGCACUUUGAGGGGGACCUGUUACAGCUGGUCCUGGGAUCAUCACAGGGGAACCUGUUUGAGGAGAACUGGCUGGCCGUGGUGGUGCGUGUUUACUGGCUCAAGGCAUGCUUCUUGGCCCUGCAGGGAGACAUGGGCCAGGCCCUGGAGAGCUAUGAUGUGUGUACAGGCAUGUUGCAGAGUCACGCACGGACCACAGAGGAGGACAAGUACACCAUCUACCUGCCCAACCUGCGUGUGGAUGCAGCCAUCUCGGUGGAGGAGAACUCCCUUUUGAAACUGAAGGACUACCGUCAGUGUCUGGAGUGCACCGAGGUGGCCCUGAAUGAAGCCCUGCAGCAGCUCAACUCUGUCCCAGUCAGCUCUCACCAGGGGUUCUCUACCAUCACAACGCUGCUGGGAGGCAUCAAGGUCUGCUUCACAGUGGACUCUCAGCUCCUGAGCAACGUCAACCGCUACACCAGCAUGGCCCGGCUGGCCAACAACCUCAUCCAGCUGAAUGACUGCAGCAUGGUGAUCCCAGAUGAUCCCAAGAAGCCUUAUUUCUCCUCGGUCAUGCCCUGGAUUCUCCUGCACCACAUGAUCAAGCACGAGGAGGCUGCCUUCAACUGCCUGCUUCGCCAGCACAUAUCUACAGGGGACGAUGACGAUUACUCUAACACCCCCAUUCUGACCUCCUCCCUGAUGCUGCUCAACACUGACCAUGAAUACCUGGGCCACCGCUCCUGGUGCUGCAACUCAGACGGAGCUCUGCUCAGGUUCUAUGUUCAUGUUCUGGAAAAAGAGCUGUCUCUCUCUAAAGUGGAGGAUACCCAUCCCUACAAAGAGGAGUUGGAGAUGGCCUUGGACCAGUGGUUCUACUGCCUGUACGCCUACCCCAGCAAGAAGAGCAAGGCCUGCUAUCUAGAAGAGCACUCUGUUAAACAGGUGGAACUCCUUUGGAGCAACGCCCUCUUCAUGUUGCAGUACUUCAAGCCCAAGAUUCUGCCUCAGUUUGACAGCUACAAGACGAGCAUGGUGUCUGCUGACCUGGCCAACCUGCGGAAGAGGAUCUCUGGCAUUGUGCCCCACAGUGACACUCCCAUCCUCACCAUGGAUGAGGUGUCAGCCUACAUCGAGGGCACGGCUGGGAAGAUGGAGGAGAGGAGAGAUACCAUGCUGGAGACAUCGUCCCAGUGUUUCCAGGGGGCGUCUCAUUGUGAGGGGGAUAGUGAUGAGGAAGAGUGGCUCAUUCACUACAUGCUGGGGAAGAUAGCUGAGAAACGCAAGCAGCCACCCUGGGAAUACGUCCAGCUCUACAAACAGCUGGACAUCCGUCUGAGUGCCACUAUCCUCAAGCUGCUGGAGGCUGAGGAACCGGACCUGGAGCAUGAGAUCUUCUUCGACAUCCUGGCAGAGGCGGCCACUGAACCCUUCGCCGGGGGGGAAGAGAAGAGCAUGCCCAAUUCCAACGAAAAGGAGAAACCCCUUUCCGUGAUGGACGAGGACUCUCACUGCUCUGUGUCGUCUGUGUGCGGUGCGAUGGAUGUUCAUGGGGCCUCCCUCCCCUCCAACGCCGCAGGUCUGACAUCCCCACCUUAUACGGCCACUCCGGUCGACCAUGAUUACACCAAACGUAAAACCCUCCGGCGGCAGCAGCAGACGUGGCAGCAGCAGUAUGAGGGGGAGCAGCAGGCUGAUGGUACAGUCCCAGUCCUAGACUCUGGGCCUCUGGGGUUGGGUCCUUCCUUCACUGGGCUGGGUAGUAGUGGUGGUGAGAAGGAUAAUCACUAUGAUGAUAAUUGCUCUGGUUCUAGUAAUGACCCCAUUAGCACUGGGGGAUUGGGAUAUCAUGGUGAAAUGGGCAAUAUGGCAUCUCAGGUUAUUUGGAAAUUGUUUUACUGCACUAUAAAAGCGACAGCAUUUAGUUUAGGCAAACAGAGGUGUGAUGGUAGAGUUUGGCAGAGGCCACCCCAGAACUUGACCAUGAUUCCUGCCUUCCCAGAGUGCAGUCAGGACAGCGUGGUGGUGAUGCUGUUGGACAACAACUCCACCCAGGAUGCCUUCACAGACCCCGCCAGCUCCCAGGCCAGCGCUAAAGCCGACCAUAGAUCCCUGCUCUCAUCCACUGCCUGUUCCAUCCAAAGGCCUCGUCCACUCACCAGUCUCACCAGGCCACCCCCCAAACCCACAUGUAUCAGGCCACCCCCCAAACCCACAUGUAUCAGGCCACCCCCCAAACCCACAUUUAUGGUGGAGGUGCCCAAGGCCCUCCCUUCUGAACGGACUGAGCAGCGGCGCAUGCUGGUGGAGAUGUGUGUCCGUAGUCUCUUCCUCUGCCUGAGCCGCUUCCCUCAGCACCACAAGAGCCGCUACCGCCUGGCCUUCUUCUACACCAACAGCAAGACCCAACAGAAUCUGCGGUCGGCACGAGAUGUGUUGCUAGGAAGCAGUGUCCCAUGGCAACAGCUGAAGCAUAUGCCAGCACAAGGACUUUUCUGUGAGAGGAACAAGACAAACCUGUUCAAUGGCAUCUGGCGUAUUCCAGUGGAUGAGAUUGAUCGCGCCGGCAGUUUUGCAUCUCAUAUGAACCGAUCCAUCGUCCUCUUGCUGGAGGUGCUGUCUCAGCUGAAGGACCACGACACACUGAUCAAAGUCUCUUUUAUGCUCCAGAGAACCCCUGACCAGGGAAAGAAGUAUUUUGCAGGAUGUGGAUUGUCAGGUUUUGGCCCAGAGAGCAUUUUUCCUAGUUGUAAAAGUUCUGGAGGACAAUCGGAACAAACUCACAAGGGUGUCGGAGCAGCCUUCCAAAGUGCCUGCGCCCUCCAUGGGGGAAAUGACGACCACGGACACGUCCAACAGGCCCAGUGCAGAGGACAGCAGUCAUGCCUGCAUAAGAAGCCUGAGCUCACUGAGGGUCCCCAGGUCACUGCCCCAGGCUCUGACUCUGUGUCCCGGGAAACCCCUCAGACACAGCCAGCCCUGCUGGCCACAGCCAGAGACAGGGGGGAGCAGCAGCAGAGAACUCCAUCUGGGAAGGUGGAGGCUGCUGUGGGCGAGGGGGCCAGAGCAGGGCCAGAGGAGCCCAUGGAGCUGGACGCUGGCCACUGGGGGCAUCCCUCCAAGACCACAGACUCUCAGGGCAGCCAACCAGACCCUGAGCCCCCCAGAACUGUCCUGGUGCCUGGGGAGAAAGUGGCUGAGAGCAGCCGGGCACCGGAGCUUUCUCUGGAGGACCUGAGCAUCAGCUCCAGACAGCAGCAGCUCCAGCAGCAGCUCCAGUGCCCGGUAGCUAAGGGCCCAGUGUUAGCCAGCGGAGCAGAGCAUGGACUAGCCCAGGGGGCGCUAUGCAGGCCCAGCAGGAAGAGGAAGCUCCUGGAUGACAUGGAGUCAGGCAAAACUCUUCUGCCGGAUACCUACCGGGUGUGGCAGCAGGGCCAGAAGGUCAUGACCUAUGACCUGGGGCGCAUUGAGAAGAUCAUGUCAGAGACGUACAUGCUCAUUAAGCAGGUGAAUGAGGACGUGGCGCUGGACCAAGCCGUGAAGUUCUGCCAGAUACAGAUGGCCACGUCAGCACAACGACAGUCGGCUGGUGAUGCCCCGACAACACCCAAGUACAGUAAGGAUAACCGCGACAUCUUCUUCCCUGCCUCUCUGCCAACCCCGGUCUUGCUCAGCCACACUGCCUGCCACCCUCUGUCCAUCCAGAUCCAGGACAGCCAAGACAAACUCCAGUACGAGCCCCUGGACAAGGUGCCCAGACCUCCAGCCAGCGGCUCCCACGAGCAGCCCCAGCACAGGAGAGCCCCCCUGCCUAUCCACCCUGCUUCAACUAUGGCCUUCCACCCCCAAACAGAUGAACUUGAGGAGCCCCCAGAGGGACUGUCCUACAGACAGCAGGAGUCUCAUCUGUGCCAACAGAUGAAGCUGGCCACUGUGUCCCCAGGGCAGGAGGCUGCAGGCUGGCACCAUGACGAGCCUGCUUCCUGUAGUACCACACAUCCCUGCACCGACCAGCAGCUGUAUGGCAGCAGUGAGCAGUCCAAGAUGUCGGACCCCAGUCGUGUCCGCUCCCGCAUCCCCCCCAACAUGCCAAAACUCUUCAUCCCCUCCACCAAGUUCCCCCCCGAAAUCACAGUCACCCCGCCUACACCCACCCUGCUCUCCCCCAAAGGAAGUAUCUCAGAGGAAACCAAGCAGAGACUCAAGAACGUGAUCCUGUCCUCCCAGUCGGCGGCCACAGUGAAGAAGGAGACGCUGAGCCAGCCAGCCCUGGAGGUGCAGGAGACCUCCAGCCAGGAGUCCUCUCUGGAGAGUGAAUCAGACGAUGGGGAUGAGGAGGAUGAUUACAUGGACAUCUGAGCUACUGACCAGCUGUACCCCCCCCCCCCACCCCCUUGUCCCCUUCUCACAGCUACAAGAGUGAACAAACCCAGGCCACUCCUUUGAGCUAGACCUGACUAGCCUGCAAUGCAAUUGGCAUCCUUGGCUGUGAUUUAUGCAUCUUGCACAAGUAAUGGGGACAAAAAUUCGGCCUGCUUUUACUAUAUUUCAACUGCAGCUAAAUCUUUGUUGGUGGGAUGCAACAUCCCACACUGAGGUACUUCAACAUGAUGAUAUGUGCCAUGGCAACAUGUUGCCAGCCAAGUUUUGUCCAUACACAUUGAUAUAAGAACCUAAACUGCAAGAAACCCACAUUUGUAUGUGACCUGUAUUUUCAUGGACACUACGAUUUACUGAGGACCAUCAGCUGCAAACCAGGCUUUUAUAUGGGCCUCCUAACGCAAUGUUGAGGAACCUACUUCUCCAAAGCUUAAUAACCUGUAGCAGAUUGGAUAUGUUUACACUUCCACGUGUGAUGUCUUUGAUUUGUCUUUUGUUUGUUCUAUUUUUGUACUUCAUUGUUUCAAGUCUCGUUUGAUUUUGUCCUUGUUCCUGUGUGGAUUUGUAGCUUGGAGGAGUCUUUACCAGGAAGAGGUCCUGUCACCAGCAUUGCUCAGGAUAAUAGACAGAGAGAUGUUUUGGAUUAGCCAGAAUUAGCUUUUGUACAUCAUACUUAAAACAUAUAUUCCAAUGAGGCAACUCUUACAGGGUUCGGGUGUUUAUUUAGCAUUGGGGUCAAGUACACCUCCAUUCUAGUCAAUUUAGGAAACAAAUUAAAAUGGAACUAAUUAAUAUGUAACAUAACUUAAUCAGUUGUGUUUCAGUUUAUUUUCUGAAUUUACUGGCAUUGUAAUGGAAGGUGUGGAUGUUCCUAAUUCAGACAAAAUGCCUUCCCGCUGGAUCAGUUUCGGUAAAUAUGUUAAUUCUAAGUCAACUCGGAAAGGGGGAUACCUAGUCAGUUGUACAGAAGAAGACAAUAUCAUGUUUUUUACAGAUUGUUUUCUAUAAAACAAAGGAUAUUUACCGUAUGUUUCUCGUGAAUUGUCUAUAACAAUACUUAGGAAGGAAUAAAUUAUGAAUUAAUAAUUGUAAAGGACAUCGCCCCAAACAAGUCUUGCUUGACUACCUGUAAAUGGAUGUUUGUAUUUUUUUGGUGUAAAAUACUGUUUUGUAUUUCUACUGCUGAGCUUCUUAUGGGAAUGUAUAAUGGCUGAAAGGUGACUUUGGGUUCAAGGGUUUUCCUCUGCUUUUCAACCUUAGCUCAGGCUGGGGAGUUGUUGUUCUCUACAUAUUGACUUGCCACAUUAAAGAUGUCACAACAAAAAUAUA